AUUCCAAACAAAGCAUACUACAUUCUUACAGUCAUUUUCUGCUAACGAUGGUUUCGAUGGAGGCUUUAGCGAUGGCAGGAGAGGGUUAUCAAGAAUGGGGACUUAGUAUUGAUGAAUGGGAAUAUCAAGAAUCCGUCGUUCCACCUCAUUUGCUUGCAGAAGAAGACUCUUCUGAAGAAGACUCCGAAGAAGAAGAAUCUUCUGAAGAAGACUCCGAAGAAGAAGAUCAUGUAAAUGACGAUAAUAGAGAUUUCGAUGGCGUAGAGGCUAAACAACAUGUUACUUGUGACGUUAGAGCUUCUUCUGUUGGAAAAUUGAUUGAACAAUCUAUCUCACAUAUAAUCGUUCACCUCAAGCAGAUUAAGUUAUUAACACAUCUUCUUGAGAACUUUUUGUUUAGCUAUGUUCUUGAUUUUCUUUUGUAA